AUGAGUGCAAUUCAAAAAUCUAAAUUAAAUUAACCAAAACUUAUAAUUUAAGCCAGUGGAUACAACUUUCCUGAAAAGAAUAAGCCUGCCAUUGUCCUUCCUAAGCUUUAAGAUAGUGAUUAAAAGGUAGCCAGAAACCCAAGAAGUCUUUCACCAAUGUUAGAGCAUCGGAGAAUAAAAACUUCGCAAGAUAGUUUAUUAAAAACUUCUCUUUAGUUAUUUUCAUAAAAUAUGAAUAGUAGCAAAGGCUAGUUUAACAAUAGCGGAUUUGAAUAAUUUCCUAAUAAAAGAUUUAAACAUUCUAUGAAGAGUGCCUAGCUUAAUAGGAACCUUUAAAGUGGGUCAAAGUAAAGAAAGUUAAGUGAAUACAAUUCUCAAUAGAUUCCAAAAUUAAAUUUUUUAAAUAGCAAUUUCAUAAAUAUGCCCAACUAGGCUCUUUCUCAAAGAUAGGAUAGGAUACCAGUUCUGACACCACUAUAAUACCAAUAGCUUCAAUAAAAUUAAAAUACAUAAAUUUCACCAACAUCUUCUUAUCAAUUGUUAUCUGUGAGACCAUCAUCUAAAUAGAAUAUGAAUUUGAAUAACUCUUCAACAAAGAAUAUUAAUUUUAGCACAAGCGCAUCACAAUAUUAUUUAUAAGAUAAUGAACAACUAAGCGAAUUAUCAUAGAUUUAACUUAUGCAAUUUUCUUCUUUGUCUUCGGGAAAUCCAGAAACUCCAGAAUUAAAUAAAAAGAUUUCUUCAAAAAAUAUAAUGACAGCAAGAUAACUUUAACCAAUAUUUGAAGAAAAAGAUAAUUUACCUCAAGACAAUAUUGCCAAAAAAACGAGCUAUAUUUCAGAAAACAUUAUAUUAAAUAAUAUUGCUUCAUCCCCAUUUUAACCUAAAAUAAAGGUCCCGUUUUCUACUCAGACUUAAUCUCAAUCAUAAUAAUAACCUCCAAAUUAGAAUUAUUUCUUUUAAAACUAAAAUAGAAAAUUUUUGUUAAGAACUGGGUCAAAAAAGACUAAGAGUAGUAUCGAUCCUAUGGUUUAAUAAGAUAAGAGUGAAAACAAUGAUUCUAAAUUACUACAGAACUAUACAAAUUUAAUAAUUGAAAAGGAAAUACAAUAAGACAGUUAUAUCAAGAACAUUUAAAGAUUUAAAGAGGAUAUUUAGUAGCUUAGGCAAGAAAAAUAAGAUCUUUUAAAUAAAAUAAAAAGAAUGGAAUAAGAAAAAAUGAAUUAAAACCCUUUUGUAGAUAAAUAAGAACUAUAAGGUAUUCUUAUUCAAAAUAUUAACUUAUAGUAUGAUGAAUUAUACAUGUAAUUUGACGCUUUGUGUGAAAGAUUGAUGAAGAAUUCAAGAGCCAACUCUUUUGAAAGCUAAGUUGAAGAAAUAGAAAAUCAAUUCAAAAAUAUGAAGCAACAUAUUGAAAGUAUUAGAGAAUCUACCACUUACAAUAACAGCUAAAAGGGAAUUUAAUAUCAGCUGUAACCACCGAUUAGAUUUUAUCCUCCUCACUUAAUUAAAUUUGACCAUUCUCAACGGUUGGGAAAAGGAGGAUUUUGUGCUGUUUUUAAGUCGAAAGUUGGUGAAAAAGAGAUGGCAUAAAAGGUAUUCGAAUAUGAUUUAGAUGAGUGUUCUUCAAUAAUGGCAGAAACUCUAGAAGGUAUUUUUAACGAAAUUAAAAUUUUGCUUAAAGUCAACACUUUUAGUAACUAAUAAUUUAUUCGUUUGUUUGGUAUCUCAUUUGAUAUUCGUCGUAAUGAAAUGUCAGGAAGAGACCAAUUUAUAUUUGCAAUAUUUAUGGAAUUAAUAGGAACUUACGAUAAAAAUAGAUUUAUAACAUGUGACUUAAAAAAAUUCAUAAAUUCAACAAGAACAAAACCUAAUUACAUAAAAAAAUGUAUUGAGUUAUCAUUAUAAAUUGCUGAAGGCAUAGAAACAUUAUACAAUAAUAAUAUUAUCCAUUCAGAUUUGAAGCCUUAAAAUAUAUUGUUAGACUCAAAUUAAAACAUUAAAAUUAUUGAUUUUGGUACUUCUAAGUUUAACAACAAACCAUACACGCAUGAUACAAAUAUACUUGGUUUUACACCUCGAUAUUGCCCUCUUGAGCACUUUGAUAUGGAAAGAUUAACACCCACUACUGAUGUAUGGAGCUUUGGGUGUCUUCUUUUUGAAAUGAUAACUGGAAAUGAACCAUGGAAGGGUAUUAAAAAUCUAUAAGAUGUAAGAAAAGCGCUUGAGAAUAAGCAAAGCCUAUGGCUUCAUUAUUAAAGCUAAGUAUCAUAGCAAGAAACGCAACAUAUAAAUCCCGAAAUAAUUAAGCUAAUUGAAAAAUGCACUUCUUAUGAAAAUCGUCCUCACCCUUCUUAUGUUACUGAGAAAAUAAACGAAAUACUUCAAUAACAGUUAUGA